ACCCCGAAAUUUAUUGGUAAAUCGCUUUACAUAAGAAAACACUGUCAAACUAGUCAAAAUAAAAUUGAAAACUGUUUUAAUUUAUUUUAAGAAAAGACAAAUUGCGUUUUAUUUACGUUAACGUCGACCGGUGGCUGUUUAUUUGUUCUUUAGUACAUCAGUUACCAGAAAUACAGAAAAAGCUCACUUUAGCGAAAGCUCACGCCUAUUUUUGACGCAACGACCUUGAGGAGGCGGCAACAACUAAAACAACCACAACAACAACAACAAGCGGCAAAUUAAUGCAGCCGCUUGCAGUGCAUCCACGCAAUACUCAAUGUCAAUGUCGCAAAAGCUUUUAGCGCGGCAGUUGCAUACUUUCAGGCGGCAUAUUACGUAUACACCACCAAGCCAAUAACUAAAUAAAUAUUUAAAAAUAAAUUAAUUUUAAAAUAUAUAGUAGAUAUAUAUAUUUAUCUAUAUACAUUUGCAAGCAAUACGCGAUCUGAGCAAUUGUUUUGUGUGCUCGCGAGUAUUUUGUUAAACAAAAAUAAAAAGAAUCUUUUGGGCGACCAGAGCAAACUGUUGCUGUUUGUUUGCUGACGGGUGCCCAGUUUUAUGGUUGACAGUGAAGGCGCCGCAUGCCAAAUUUUGAUCAUGACCGCGUAAAAAAGAAAUACUGCUGUUUAUCUCUACACAUAUAUAUACUAUAUAUGUAUAUAUGGGGUGCCAAUAAAAAAAAAUAAAAAACCAAACAAACAAUCAAAAUACGUCUGCUUUAAUUAAUUGAAAGAAAAUAUUGUGUAACUCGCCCGCCUCGACAUGAAUAAAACCAUACUGCACUGGAGCUAUUUAAAUUUUAAAGAUGUGCCCAUGGACUUGUUUCUGUAUGAGGACCUCGAAGAGGUCUAUUUAAAAGAGAACUACAUAUCCGUAAUACCCAAAUGGCUGCUCAAUAUUACCACACUCAAGUUUAUACACCUAGCUGGCAAUAAUCUCAGUGAGUUGCCAGUGGAUAUUUAUAUGCUGGAGAAUCUCGAGUUUUUGGAUGUGUCCAACAACGAGCUCACAGAGCUGCCCAAGACAUUGGGUCUGCUGCUGCGCCUACAGCAGCUGAAUGUGAGUGGCAAUCAGCUGACCGAGCUACCUGUAGAGCUAAACACCUUGCGCAAUUUGGAGCAUCUGAAUAUUGCCAAAAAUCAAUUUCGCCGCCUGCCCCUGCAGCUCAGCGAAUGCGUGCGCCUCAACGAGCUGAACGUGAGCGACAACGAGGCGCUGUUGCAUCUGCCCGAGCGAAUUGCCAAUCUACCCAUGCUGCAGUCGCUAGCCGCCGAUCGCUGCGCUCUUGUUUAUCUGCCGGCUGCGCUCUCCAAGUUCAUGAACCAGGUGCGCAUCUUUCACAACACCUCCGUCAACUAUAUACCCAUGAUCUAUGAGCGUUUCUAUCAGAACUUCUUUGAUAAUAGACAAAAAGUGACGCCCAUUUCCAUCUCCAAGAAGGGUCUCUUCUGGGUGCGUGAACUGGAGUCCCAGAAGCGCCUGCUGCUGCCCGUGGGCACACGCAAUGUCUUUCGCGUGCCCUCGCCCGAGAACCGGGUCACGCUCUACGACGAUUGUUUGCACGCGCUGCAAACGAUGAAUCGCCACCUGCCUGUCUAUGAGAAUGCUGCACUGCAUCGCCUCCUGCCCGAGCCCUAUAUGAGUGCACACAUCAACAAUGGACCCAUUGCUCGCUGCACGACUACCAACUGCUCGAGAUGCCUCUAUACAACCUACUACUUUAUGGUCGUCAAGCGACGCGGCAGUGCCUCCAAGCAGCUUUUCACUUGUAACUUCUGUACACAUAACUGCGCAUUACAAUGGCUUUCGAGCAAUGCGAAAAAAUACUAUCAGCUAGACUGGAAAGUUUCCGAUGAUGACGACGGUGAUGAUGAAGAUGUUGUUGGUGGUCAUGAUGAUAAUAAUGGUGAUAAUGAUUAGGACGUAGAGUUAACUUGUGCCGCGAUCUUUGUAAAUGUUUGUACAAAAAAUUAACACUGUUUAAUUAGACGUUAGUUUUAUAAUUGUUAUUUAAAUGCUUAAGCUUGUUAAAGCGGUCAUUAAAGUGUCCCAAUAACCAACGGCAA